AUGGACGGAGAGGCUACUUCUUGGAUCAGGAGGGCCAAUUUCUCUCAUACGGUUUGUUACCGUAUCAUUACGCCUAGCUUAGAGUCUAUGCCCUUUACAGUAAACAGAGAGAAGACCUCUCCUGCAUUGAAACGAAUGCCUCUGAGCUCACCAUCGGACCUGAAGUCACUUGCAGGGACUUCACAGCAAGCGUCAGGCUCGAAUGCCGUUGGCUCUGAAAUACAUAGAAACCCUGUGACCAACAAAAAGAGGUCAGCUUCUCCGUCUCCGCAGAUGGCUGUUACUGAUUCUUUUGAGGAAGCGAAGUCUGAUAUCAAGAGAUUCUCUACUCCACAUCCGAGAAGAAUGGAGCCGGAGAAGGGGAUGAAGGCGAAGCUGCCUCGGAAAGGUUCGUUUGAGAAGAUGUCGUUCAGUCUACGGCCUCUGUCGCACUCGGGUCCUAUUAGGGAUCUCAGUACGCUGAAGAUUCAAGAGAGGGCCAAGAGCAAGAAGGAGACGAGGUCUUCCAAGUCUUUUGACUACGGAGGCUCUAGAGUGAGUGCUAUGGGAGUGCUUGAAGAACACAUUAUUGAUACCUCUAAGCUUACUUAUGGGGACCAGUUUUCUCAUGGGAUAUAUAGCCAGAUUCACCAUGGGGUAUACAAAGGUGAAGCUGUUGCUCUCAAGAUCAUCGAAGCGCCUGAAGAUAGCGACGACAAAUUCUUGGGAGCUCGUUUGGAGAAACAGUUCACCAAGGAAGCCACUCUUUUAUCUCGACUCAGGCAUCCAAACAUUGUUAAGUUUGUGGGAGUGAAUACUGGAAACUGUAUCAUCACGGAGUAUGUACCUAAAGGGUCUUUGAGAUCGUAUCUGCACAACCUCGAGCAGAAAGCUCUUCCUUUGCAACAGGUAGUUAAGUUUGGUCUAGACAUUGCGAGAGGAUUUGAGUAUAUUCACUCGAGGAAGAUUGUUCAUCGAGAUCUCAAGCCAGAGAACGUGUUGAUUGACAAAGACUUCAACUUGAAGAUCGCUGACUUUGGCAUAGCGUGCCAGGAGGACUACUGUGACAUUUUGGGGGCUGAGACGGGAACUUAUAGGUGGAUGGCUCCUGAAGUGCUAAGACGGAGACCACACGGACGGAAGUCUGAUGUUUAUAGCUUUGGACUCGUGCUAUGGGAAAUGGUAGCUGGAGCUGUUCCUUAUGAGGAGAUGACUCCUGUCCAAGCUGCUUUCGCUGUCAUGCACAAGAAUAUUAGGCCGGUUAUGCCGAAGGAUUGUCCAGCGCCGAUGAAAGAGCUGAUCGAGCAGUGUUGGUCGUUGCAAACAGACAAGAGACCAGAGUUCUGGCAGAUUGUGAAAGUGUUGGAACAUUUUGACAAGUCUUUGAAAACUGAAGGGAAGCUCAAUCUUAUGCCGAACCAGAUCUGUCCAGAGCUAAAGAAAGGUCCUAAGUAUUGGAUUCAGAGGCUUGGGUCAGUCCAUCACCAUGGAGGCAGCAGCAGUAGCAGCAACACCUUAGGCUCAGCCUUGCCUAAGCCUAAAUUCGCUUGA